AUGGAAUAUGAUUCAAACAAUUUGAAUGCAAUUAUUAUGAAUUUAUUCGCUGAAGAUCCAAUACAUGUUGAUAAUAAUAUAUGUAAAAUUGAACCUAUUGAAUCAUCUAGUUUUACUGAACAACAAAAACCUACAACAACAACAACAACAACAACUGUAGCUGAUAAUAAUAAUCAGCAAUAUUUAUUUAUUAUAUUUAAUAAUUCCAAAUGGUCUCGAAUUUUGAACAAAAGAUCAGAAAACGUGCCAAUACAAAGUGAACAACAAGGACAACAACAACAAGGCCAGCAGCAACGAUUGCAACCUGUAACCAAUCGGCUUGUACCAACAUUAGUAAAACCUGAAAAAGAAGAUACAUCAUUAGAUGAUCAAUUCAUCGCCCAAUUACGGCAACUCAUCCAUGGAUACAUGCAAUAUACAACACGACCAUUGCCACUGAAAUAUUUUCUUGAUCUUACUGAUCCUUGA